UAGUUUAGACGUUAGAGGUAGCGUUUAAGUGCUCCAGUCUUGAUUUAUUUCCUUGGAAAGGCUUCAGCGGCUAUUGCAGAGCAACAGAUUCUUUACAGGAAUACUGAAGAAGCAUUGAAAAUUUCGACACUGCUAUAGAUCAUGGCACUUACCGAGGCAAAGAGAGGAAACGCGUUAUCUCUUACGAAUAAACUUCGUAAGUUCUCCGUAAAAUAUGUGAAGAUUUCCGAAGAGACUACGACACGAGCCAGAAGGUUGGUCAAAGAUUAUGUUGAAGACCAGAUCAUAGAGUACUGUCGACAGAAAUCCAAAAUUCGAAUACUAAAACUGGAGUAUACCGGCAGUUUUUACGAGAGGCUGAAGACUGAAGCUGCUGAUGAAGCCGAUAUCAUGGUAAUUCUGGAGACACCAAGUACAGAGAUCGAGGUUAUCGAAUCCGAAGUGCCCGGGUACGUCCGCCUUAGAGCGAGAAAUUCUCCAAUGUUCCUUAAGUAUUCGAGUCCUGAAGGUUAUAUUAAUGCUAAGAGCAUUCGAGGUCCUUGGUUCAAAAGCCUUGUUAGCCGGGCAGUGAAUAGGAUUAAACCUAAAUCACCAUACUCUGAGGUUCGUCUGGUUGUGCGUAACCACGGACCAGCAGUCCAGGUGGACGUUUUCAGGAAAGGAUCUGACGAGAGGUAUUUAUCAGUUGAUCUCGUUCCUAGCCUCCAAGUCGACGAUCGCUGGUACGUACCCAAGCCUUUUAAAGGAAAGCGGUAUGUGUUUCAAGACGAGCUUCUUUGGAGAAAGGCAUUUUCACCAAAGGAGAAGCAAUUUCUUGCGUCCAUGGACAGUGAAGAUCAUGGCUGUAGGCACGAGUUGUUACGAAUCGUGAAGACCAUAGUCAAGAGGCCGCGGACAUCUUUACCACUAGAUUCAUACCACUUAAAGACCGCAUUCAUGCACUACAUUGAAAGGGGAGGCCCGAAUUGGGUGAGCGGAGAUGCUUUGGGAAAAAAUUUCCUUGGUUUUCUCGAAGAACUGCAACGCUAUCUGGCGAGCAGAAAUCUUCCCCACUAUUGGUUGAUUAAGGUAAAUCUAUUGGAUGAUUUCAAGGAAGUGGUUGUCAUGCAGAUGACGAACCGCUUAAGACGGAUAUUGAACAGCGACUCGAGGCUGGACAAGAUACUCGAAUAGUUUUCUGGAUUCUGCCAUGUCUGUCUCUGUUGUAAAAUCGAUGAUAUCUACCAUUUUAAAGAACUUUCGAUGGUCGUUUAGGGGAAGGGCUUAAUGCAAGCGCAAUAAUUGGAAAGCUACUCACUAAUACUAGGGAUGAUGGUUUAAUAGUUAAUACUGAUUCUAUAUCUCAGGGAUAAGGCGUCUAAACUUAGCUGGCUUUUUGGACAGUUGGCUGUAAUGUCUUGUAUUUUUGACAGUAUUUUUGUAUGAUGGAUUUGUCGGGCAAUGGAAAGAUGUUAAUAAGGGUACCACGCAAGGAAG